GCUGGGUAGAGUUGCGUGUGUUUAGCAUGUCGAUGGCCGGAUUGAUUGGGUGAUGUCCUCAACCAAAUCGGAAUUGCCAGCAUGGCCCAGCCGCGGAAGCAAGGCCACCAGUGCUCGUAUGUGACGUCCGCUGCGAUCUCGGGCGAUGACAUCACGGUCGCUGUCAUCCAAGAUACGCGUCAGGUCGAUGGGCUCGGCGGCGAAGUGUGGCCAGGCGCCCAUCUUCUCUGCCAGCACUUGGAAGUUCAUGCCGCAAGCCUCAAGCUCGCAUCUGCGCGCGUCCUCGAGCUCGGCGCGGGCUGUGGCCUCUGCGGUCUCGUUGCAGCUGCGCUAAAGGCGCAAUCUGUGACGCUCUCGGACGAAUACCCCGAUUUGCUGCAGACCAACAUUGACUUGAACAGCGCGUGGCUCGGCAACCAAGUCAUCGACGCCCGCGAGCUCGUGUGGGGCGACGAAAAGGUUUGCGACGAAGGCCUCGCCUAUGACAUUGUCUUGGGCAGCGAAAUCACGCAGCUCGGACGCGGGUUGCAUCGCCCGCUCUUGGAAACCGUGACGUGGGUCGCCCAUGCGUCGACGAUUGCGCUCUUCUCGAUGGACGUGUGUCGUGACACGUGCAUGGGCGAGUGCAAUCCUGCGCGUUGCAUUGCAUCUCACUUUGUCUUUAUGGCGCGCGAAGUCGGCUUCGUCGUCAAGAAGCAUCCGUCCGUGUGUCUGACGUCCAUGCCGUCCGUGACCAACGCCGUCGGGGCCCUCGGCCGUACGUGGCCGCUCGAAGGAGACGAGCUCAGCACGGUCUUUGAGCUAACCCUAAAGUCUGCCCCCCAAUAAGACAACGUAAUGCCUCUUGAUUCGCUUGGAAUGGGGUGCCAAGGUUUCUACCGUG